GAGCGGCGUAGAGUAACAAAGUGACGUGGAGACAGGAGAGGAAGGCAAGUCAGCGGCGUGGGUCGCUGCGAGUGUCCGGGGAGUGGAUCAGGGAUAGACCGACCCGCCGGCAGUCAGUGUUGUGGAAAUUCUGACAAUGGAACUUUUGCAUUUGAGCCUGGUGUUGCUGCUGAUUUCUGCGCAGUGUUUCACUUCCAGCUUGAGUGAUGUUAGCCAACAGCCGAAAGCGUCUGCUCUUACGGUGCUGGAACAGACAGAAGAUGAUGUUGGAAAAGUAGAGGAUGGAACAGUGGAGGAUGAUCUGGACCCUGAAGACAUGGAGGUCUUUUACCCAACGAGUGAAUGGCAAACAGUUAAACCAGGUCAAGCAAUUCCUGCAGGUCUACAUGUUCGGUUAAACUUGGAGACCGGAAAAAAUGAAGCAAAGAUCCCAGAUGAUGAAAGAGGAAAUAGUGGACUGAAGUACUGGAAACAAGGAAGAAGGCAGGGAAUGGUGAAUACGAACUCCAAAUCUUUCACAGCUGAGGAGCUGAAAAGGGCCUUGAAGUUAAUGAAACAAGAAGGCAACAUAGAGGUUGAGGAGGACCAUCAGGAGAAAGUGAGGAAGACCUUCCGCCCAAUAAAGGAGUUGAUGAAAGAUUUUGAAGCAAUGAAUGUGAUGAUGGAGACUGAUAUGGAAAUAAUCAAUAAACUCAUUGACAAAUUCAACAGCACCAGUGCAACACUAGAGGAGAAAAUUGGAGCUCUUUAUGACCUGGAAUAUUAUGUCCAUCAGGUGGACAAUGCCAAGCACCUGGUGUCCACUGGUGGGCUGCAACUUGUGAUCAAUGCCUUAAAUGCCACCGAACCCCUGAUUCAGGAAUAUGCUGCCUUUGUUCUGGGAUCCACACUUUCAGGAAAUCCAAAAGUUCAGAUCGAAGCAAUGGAAGCUGGGAGUUUGCAGAAAUUAUUAGUAUUGUUGGCUACUGACCAUCCUGUGGCUGUAAAGAAAAAGGCUCUCUUUGCAUUGGCAUCGAUAUUGCGCCACUUUCCCUUUGCACAGCAGCAGUUUCUAAAACUUGGUGGCCUGCAAGUACUACGGCAACUUUUUCAGGCAAGGGGAACAGAGUCCCUGCAUGUUCGAGUGAUGACUCUGCUAUAUGACAUGGUCAUGGAGAAGAAGCUCAUCCAAGAAGAUAAAGAUAGUAGUGCACAACAUAAGGAGAAAUGCCGUCAAUAUGAUGAGGUUAACUUGCUGCCACCCAUGCUGGAACAGGGCUGGUGUGUACUGGUUCCAAAGCUCUUGACAUCUGCUGAACAUGAUACAAGAGAGAAGGUGUUAAAGACCAUGAAUCUUAUGAUGGCUGCCUGCAGGGAUGAGUACCAGGCUUUGCAGGACCUGACUGCUUCACUAAUCAUGCUCCGAUCAGAGUAUGAGAACCUGGCUGCUGAAGAGCAGAGAGAAGGGGACCAAGAUGGUUAUUUCCUGGGACUCUUGAACUCUGUCAAUAGCAUCAUUCAGAAACUAGGAUGAUUGGUAUUAGAAGUGCUUCCAACUUGAACUUUUCAAAGAAAAACUUGUGGCAAUAUUCUGAAAGGUUUGCUCCCUGCACUUGAGGCAAAAGUGAACAUUGGAUACCUAUUUGGGUUGUACUGAUGUGCCUUAUACAGUUGGGUUUAUCUGUUGUGCAUUUGGCUUUGAGUCUAAUGUAUAAUUUAUACAGUACUAUCAAGUAAAUUAAGUAUUUGACAAUCCCUUAGUGUCAACUGAUUCUGAAGCUUUAUACCUCACUUUAAAUCCUGAUUUUUGAUCUAUUCUCAAGAUAAUAUUUAUUUAUGAAAUCAGCAGAAGUACGACACCAGAUAUGGACACUAUAAUUCACAUCUGAUCUGUACUAUUCAUAUGAACUAUUUUGGUUAGUAAAAGUUGCUGAAGUCGAAUGCUGCUCUUGCUCACUUUUAAAAGUUAACUGGUGACUUAAAACAAUUGAUCACUAGUGAUGGUGUAUUAAUGUCUAAUUGACUCCUGGAAAAUAAUGUUUGAGAAUGUUUUAAAGUUCAGCAACUUCUGCAAUUUUAAUAUACAGUACUUUUAUUUUUAAUCACUUUCAACAAGUUUAUUUUAAAUGCCAUACUACUGAAAACACAUUUUUUUCCCCCCCAUUGUCAAGGGUAAUACAAAAUCAGAUGCAGCAUUUUUUCAAUUUUUUCUAUCCAAACCAAAUAAAUUUAAAUGUGGUCAAAAGCUUCAUAUGAAGUGCUUCAUAACACUAUUUAAGGUUGAUAUUUGAAUAGAAGGGUAUUUGUUUCAGCUGAACAAAAGAAAACCAUGGUAUGAUGUAUUUCAUUAACAGCAGUGUUAUUGUAUUGAUCUUUUUUUGGAGAACCUCUACCUGGUAAAUCAAAAUCAAAAAAAAUUCUUUAGAUGUUGGAAAUCUGAAAUAAAACAGAAAAUAUUAGAAGUCCU